AUGGAGUAUAUGAAAGUUACCAAGGUUGAAGAUGUUACGAUGUAUCGGCGGGGGAAACAAUAUGAGGGUACAUUACAUUUAACGACGCAUCAUAUAAUAUUUACUCUUAGUAUCGGUACCGAGGCUAGUGCAGGUGGUGGUGAAGGAAAAGGUGGAGGCAGGGCCCCAGAGCUGUGGUUCUGUUAUCCAUUGAUUGAAAGGGUUGAUUUUAACCGUGGAUCGGCGAAGCUAUAUGAGCACGAUAACAUAGCAUAUCAUGGAAAUGGAAUUGACAUAAGCGCCUCUUCCCUAGCAGCCACUGCCAGUGAUUUUACCAAUACCAUAACCAACGGGCUAGGUCUUGGUCUGGGGCUAGGUUUGGGGAAAGUCUUGGGCGGUAAUUCAGGUGAAAAGAAUGCGGCAGAGAUGGAUGAACUUACGGAAAAGGUAUCUGAGGUGACCGUUGACUGUGGUGGGAACAAAGAUGAUGAUGAGAAGAGGAGACUGAUAAGAAACAAGCGGCAGAAGGAUAUGGAGACUUUACAGAGGAAACUAUGCCGUGGAGCAUGUAUUAGAAUACAAUUUCGGGAUUUCAAUUAUAUAUCAUUUGAUUUCAAGAACAUACUACGUGGGGCUGACGUGUUUGAUACGAUGCUAAGGUUGACUUGUAUUGAGAGUAUCGAUAAACUAUACGCAUUUAUUUAUAGACCCGUCAAGGCUGAAUUAGAGUUCAAUUCAUGGAAAGAUUAUGACUUACGGAAGGAGUUUGAGAGGCAAGGGUUGGAAUUUGGGAAACAAGAAGGAAGUGCAGACGGAAGUGCAGAGAGAGAAUUAGGGAGGAGAAAGUGGAGAAUUACCCAAGUGAACAAGGAUUACCAAUUGUGUGAGAGUUAUCCGAGAGAGCUUGUUGUACCUCAGAGUAUAACGGACACAUUCCUUGGAUAUGCUACCAAAUAUCGAUCCAAGGGCCGGUUCCCGGCAUUGACCUUUUAUUAUAAGAAGAACGGGUGUACCAUAACGAGAUGUUCACAACCGUUAGUUGGGAUCAAACAAAACCGGUCGUUACAGGAUGAGAAGCUAAUUCACGAGAUUUUCAGUACUAAUGGGAAGGACAACGCUAGGAACCUCCUAGUUGAUGCGAGGCCAUUAACGAACGCAAUGGCGCAAGUAGCACUUGGUGCUGGCACCGAAGUUGUUGACAAUUAUGGGGAGAACACCAAGAAGGUUUUCUUAAACAUUGAGAAUAUCCAUGUUAUGAGGGAAUCACUGAACAAGGUGAAGGGAGUAUUAAAGGACGGUGAUGUGAAUCAACCUGGACAAGACCUUCUAGAGAUGGAGGCAUUAACCCGAAGCGGAUGGCUGGAUCAUAUAAAGGCGUUACUUAGGGCUACCGAUUUGUUGACAAAAUACCUCGUCUUUGAUGGGGUGCAUCUUGUCGUACACUGUUCUGAUGGGUGGGACCGGACUGCGCAGGUUUGUUCAUUAGUUGAGCUUUGUGUCGAUCCUUACUAUCGGACGUUGGAAGGGUUUAUAGUUUUAAUUGAGAAGGAAUGGAUAUCAUUUGGACAUCAAUUCAACGAGCGAUGUGGACAUUUGCAGAGGGAGAGCAAGUUCUACAACAACACCGAGGAGGGUAACUUCCAGCGUCUACGUAAUCUCAACCAGAGAUUCCGGCACCAGCAGAACAUGAAGUUCGAGAGUCCAGUAUUUGUGCAGUUUCUCCACUGUGUCUACGAACUCAUUGAGCAGCAUGAGUACAAGUUUGAGUUCAACGAGCGCUUCCUGAGACGACUCGUCUAUCAUCUCUACUCAUGUCAGUAUGGAACGUUUCUAGUUGACUGCGAGGCGGACCGGGGCUCGCUUUCCCUUGAGAGACGGACUCGUAGUGUGUGGGACUACUUUAAGAGCCGGCGGGGGGAGUUUGUCAACGGUUCAUAUGAACGGUACGAGGAUGUCCUCGAUGUUGACUGGAGCCGGGUGGGCUGGUGGAAGGGUCUGUUUGCCCUGUAA